AUGGACCGAGUCUGGAGGAGGUGCUUCGGCCGAACUCUGGCCGCCCGGUCCUCCAGUGCGGCCCCGGGGAACGGGCAGGGGGCGCGGGCAGCAGCCCUUCCUGUGUCGCCCUCGCCCUCUCGGCCGCCAGGGCGGGGACGGAACCGGGCUGUUGGGCGGGGCGGGGCCUCCGGGCGGGCGGUGCGGGCCGGGCCGGGGCGGGGCCAUGGCGGGGGCGUGGCGGGGGCGGGGGUGGUGGGCGGGGACGCGGCUUCCGCGGGGCCGCCCCCGCGAGGGGCGCAGCUGCUGUCGGCGCUGUUCUACGGGACCUGCUCCUUCCUCCUCGUGCUGGUCAACAAGGCGCUGCUGACCACCUACCGUUUCCCAUCACCAAUGAUUCUGGGAAUUGGACAAAUGGCAGCUACCAUAAUGAUACUCUAUGUGUCCAAGCUAAAUAAAAUAAUUCACUUCCCUGAUUUUGACAAGAAAAUUCCUGUAAAGCUGUUUCCUUUGCCUCUGCUCUACGUUGGGAACCACAUAAGUGGAUUAUCAAGCACGAGUAAAUUAAGCUUGCCGAUGUUCACCGUGCUCAGGAAAUUUACCAUUCCACUUACUUUGCUCCUGGAAACCAUCAUACUCGGGAAACAGUAUUCCGUGAACAUCAUUGUCAGUGUCUUUGCCAUCAUUCUUGGUGCUUUCAUAGCCGCUGGUUCUGACCUUGCUUUUAACUUGGAAGGCUAUAUUUUUGUGUUCCUGAAUGAUAUCUUCACAGCAGCGAAUGGAGUUUAUACCAAACAGAAAAUGGACCCAAAGGAGCUGGGGAAGUACGGGGUGCUCUUCUACAACGCCUGCUUCAUGAUUGUGCCCACUCUCGUCCUCAGCGCCUCCACAGGGGACCUGCGGCAGGCUACUGAAUUCAACCAAUGGAAGAAUGUUCUAUUUCUCAUACAGUUUCUUCUUUCCUGUUUUUUGGGGUUUCUGUUGAUGUACUCCACAGUUUUGUGCAGCCAUUACAAUUCGCCCCUGACGACGGCAGUGGUUGGAGCCAUCAAGAAUGUAUCCGUUGCCUACAUUGGGAUGCUAGUUGGUGGAGACUACAUUUUCUCUGUGUUAAACUUUGUAGGGUUAAAUAUUUGCAUGGCGGGGGGCUUGAGAUACUCCUUUUUAACUCUGAGCAGCCAGUUCAAACCGAAACCACUGGCGGACGAAGAAAGCAUCCCUCCGGAUUUGAAGGGCUAGAAUCUGGGACAGAAUUGCAGACUGACUGGCAGACUGGGGCCGGGGAGGAGGGUGGGGCCGGGCCAACCCAGGCGCGGGAGUGUGAAGCCUGGUGUUUGGGUCCUGGGAGCCCCCCCACGGCCCCGACCCGUUAAAGCAUGAACAGGAGUGUGUCUGCAAAACACGGGGAGAAUCUACCUCACAGGCCGCGGCCCCGAUCCACCGCCACCCGCGGAAGCGUGGGCAGCGCCUCCCCGCCCGACGGCGCGUCCUCUCGGCACCGGCCGGCGUCCGCCGCGCGCGCUUGAGAGGGGCCGAGGGGUCGAUGCUGGGAUGGCCUUUAUUUCCUUCUUGGCACCUUGGCCUUCGUUUCAAAGCUCCCAGCCAAAGCGACGUGCCAGUGUGAACACUUUUUCGGCUUAAACAGACGUCUUCAUUUUAAUAAAAUCAGUCAAUUAACUGCUAGUAAAGUUAUUUGUUAGCUUUGAUUUGAUCUUAUAUGUUGGUAUCUUUUCCCAAUCAUCAAAAUAAAAUAAAGAAUAAUUUAUAUGCA